AACAUAAAAAGCCACCCGAUUUGCAACGAAGAAUUCAUGACCACUAUGCUGCCUGCCAAAUUGCUAUAACUACCCUCACUCCCCAACGCACAUUUCUCUCUCUACUCUCUAUCUCUCUCUCUCCCCAAAGCGACACACCAUGCAACAAGCCAUCUCAUACAGAAACUCGCUCCCCAACGCCGCCAUAGCCGGCGGAUCUUCCUCUCCGCCUCCAGCGAGGGCCGCCUCCGCGGGAGAGGCGGCGAUCUCCGACCUGAGAAGCGUGCGGCAGGUGGUGGAGGAGAAUGCGGUGGUGGUUUUGGCGAGGCGGGGCUGCUGUAUGUGCCACGUGGUCAAGCUCUUGCUCCACGGCCACGGCGUCAAUCCUUCCAUACUCGAAGUCGACGAGAAGAAGGAAGCAGAUGUAAAUGAGGAGCUGUCGAGCAUCAUCGGCGGCGCCCCGCCGCAGUUACCGGCGGUGUUCGUCGGCGGAGAGCUAUUUGGAGGGCUGGAGAAAAUUAUGGGUGCGCAUAUUUCCGGCGAACUCGUGCCUAGGCUUAGAGAAGCUCGAGCUCUAUGGCUUUAAAAUCUUUUUUCUUAAUUUCUAAAUAUUAUAAAUUUUGAGCUACAAGAAUGCAAGAAAUUAUUAUUAUUGUUUUUGGUUUAUUUCAAGAUCCAGAAGGGAAUAACGAAAAAGUUGAAGAAAUGGUACUAGUUGCCAAACUUCUUGGAUCAUUAUGUAAAAAUCUACUGAUCUCAUUAGUGGUCACUUUUGACUUUGGCUUUAGUGUUGUAUUUAUUAAUUGGAUAUGACUAUUGUAUAAUCAAUCCGCUUAUCCUAUUAUCUCACAUUAUAUUAAUGAAAUCUCUGAUUUUGCUUUGACAAAAA